GUGAAUUGAAGCUUCGCCAAGGUAGUGGUAAACAUUGUGACAAUAGAAGAGGUGUCUGUUUAUUUCUUUUUCCUCUGCGUCUCAAGUUCUGUUUUUCCAGCAUGGCUGAAACUAAAGGGAAGUUUGAUUUUGCGAUUGAUCGGGGAGGAACCUUCACAGAUGUGUUCGCCCGUUUGCCUGAUGGUAGGGAGAAAGUCCUAAAACUGCUGUCACAUGACUCCCAGAACUACAGAGAUGCUCCUACUGAGGGCAUCCGCCGAGUACUGGAGGAGGAGACGGGGGAGAGCUUUGCUCGAGAUCAGCCCUUGGACACUUCUCAGAUUGGCUGGAUUCGGAUGGGCACCACAGUGGCGACUAAUGCCUUACUGGAGCGGCAGGGCGAGAGAACAGCACUGCUGGUGACACGCGGAUUUCGGGACUUAUUACAUAUUGGCACGCAAGCACGACCUGCUCUGUUUGAUCUGGAGGUGUGUAUGCCGGAGGUUCUGUAUGAGGAGGUGAUUGAAGUGGAGGAGAGGGUAAUUCUCAGACAAGAUUCCUGUCAACUACCCAGAAAUGAGCCCGAACGAAUAGUAAAAGGCAGUACAGGAGAAAGUCUGGAGGUGUGGCAAGAAUUGGAUCUUCAGCGUGUGGAGCAGGAUUUGAGACGUGUGCAAUCCAAAGGCAUCAGCAGUAUAGCGGUGCUGCUACUCCAUUCUUACACAUGGGCAGCUCAUGAGAAGGCUGUGGUCUCUUUGGCGAAGCGUCUUGGUUUCACUCAGGUGUCUCUUUCCAGUGAGGUGAUGCCCAUGGUGCGAGCAGUGCCUCGUGGGUACACUGUUUGUGCUGAUGCUUAUCUCACACCAAAAAUACACCUUUACCUCACUGAAUUUUCUGAAGGCUUUAAAGGAGGCUUGAAGGAUGUGGAUGUGUUAUUCAUGCAGUCAGAUGGUGGGCUGACACCAAUGGAGCAGUUCUGUGGCUCUCGGGCAGUGCUUUCUGGUCCUGCUGGAGGAGUUGUGGGCUAUGCCGUCACAUGUUAUGGGUUUAUGGAAAAGAAGCCCGUCAUUGGUUUUGACAUGGGAGGCACAUCUACAGAUGUGAGCCGAUACGCUGGACAGUAUGAACACGUGUUUGAAGCAACUAUCUCUGGCAUCACCCUGCAGGCUCCACAGCUUGACAUCAGCACUGUAGCAGCAGGUUGAGGCUCUCGACUGUUCUUUCGGUCAGGGAUGUUUGUUGUGGGGCCAGAGUCAGCUGGUGCUCAUCCCGGUCCUGCCUGCUAUAGGAAGGGUGGUCCUCUGACCUUCACUGAUGCUAAUCUAGCCCUCGGCCGCCUGCUGCCUUCUUUCUUCCCAAAAAUCUUUGGCCCUGGAGAAAAUGAGCCUCUUUCAACAGAGGAAACCAUGAAGCAUUUCCGCACUCUCACAAUAGAAAUUAAUCAAUACCUCUCAACUAACCAGUCAUCAAGUAGUUCUGCAGGGGAGCACCAUUCAGAAAUGAGUGUUGAAGAUGUCGCCAUGGGCUUCAUCAAUGUGGCUAAUGAGGCCAUGUGCCGGCCAAUCAGAGCACUUACACAGGCUAAAGGCCAUGAUACAUCUGAGCAUGUGCUGGCAUGUUUUGGAGGAGCUGGUGGUCAACAUGCCUGUGCCAUUGCAAGAGCCUUAGGCAUGAAGACUGUCUUCAUACACAAAUACAGCGGAGUGUUGUCAGCAUAUGGUUUGGCUCUGGCUGAUGUGGUGGAGGAGGUUCAAGAACCGUGUUCUCUAAAAUAUGAAGCAGGUUCAUUCUCUGAUCUGGACAGCAGGAUAAAGCAACUGUCUCAACGCUGCGAUCAAAUACUGUGCAAACGAGGCUUUAGCAGUUCUCAGAUCAAUAUAGAGGUUUUCCUGCACCUGCGGUAUGAGGGCACAGAUUGCGCACUCAUGAUCACAGCCGCAGGUCACCCCAGUAACGCCCACUCCUGCAUGUCUGGAGACUUCAGAACAGCCUUCACUAAACGAUAUCUGAAAGAGUUUGGGUUCACCAUCACUGAUCGGCCUAUCAUGGUGGAUGAUAUCCGUGUACGCGGUUCUGGGAAAUCUGGAAUUAGGUCAAAAGUGCAGCCCAAAGCAGAGCAGAAAUCUCCAAGUCCUAUUAAGAUGACCCAGUGUUACUUUGAGGACCGUUAUCUGGACACCAGCGUGUAUCUAUGGGAGAAUCUUUCCUGUGAUCACAGUAUCCAGGGACCAGCCAUCAUUAUUGAUAAGAACAGUACAAUUCUCGUGGAGCCGGCAUGUGUGGCUCAUCUGACAGAGGAUGGUGAUGUGUGUAUUGAUGUCGGCACGGGAACGCAGUGUGUGUUAGGAACCGAACUCAACGCCAUCCAGCUGUCCAUCUUCUCCCAUCGCUUCAUGAGCAUCGCAGAGCAAAUGGGUCGUGUGCUGCAGAGAACAUCCAUCUCCACCAAUAUAAAGGAACGACUGGAUUUCUCCUGUGCCGUGUUUGGACUGUACAGUUCCAGUGGUCUUUUGCGCGCACAAGAUUUACAUAAGAAGGAGGAAACGAUGGUGUUUGAGGCUCACGAUAUAAAGGCGGCAGGAGGGAGCAUGCAGGAGGGAGAUGUGAUUCUCAGUAAUCAUCCGUGUGCAGGUGGCAGUCAUCUACCAGACCUCACAGUCAUCACUCCUGUGUUUCGUGAUGGCAUGAGAGUUCCGGUAUUCUUUGUGGCCAGUAGGGGGCAUCAUGCUGAUAUAGGAGGCAUCACUCCAGGCUCCAUGCCCCCCCACUCCACCUGUCUACAACAGGAGGGGGCCGUCUUCACUUCCUUCAAACUGGUCACGGGUGGAGUUUUUCAGGAGAAAGCUGUGACAGAAGCCCUCAUGACACCCGCUCAAUAUCCAGGAUGCUCUGGGACACGCAAUCUCCGUGACAACCUGUCAGACCUUCGGGCACAAGUAGCAGCCAAUCAGAGGGGUUGUCAGCUGGUGGGGGAGCUGAUUGCAAGCUACGGAUUGGAAGUCGUCCAGGCAUACAUGGGAUACAUUCAGAGUAACGCAGAGCUUGCCGUUCGAGACAUGCUGAAAGAUUUCGCCCGUCGGCGGCGACAGGAAACGAGCUCUCUUGAGGUUGAAGCAGAAGAUCAAAUGGACGAUGGGACACGGAUCAGAUUGAAGGUCCAGAUUGAUGAGCAAGGGAGUGCAGUGUUUGAUUUCACCGGCACGGGGACAGAAGUGUGGGGUAACUGUAAUGCUCCUCGUGCCAUUACCCUCUCUGCCCUCAUAUACUGCCUGAGAUGCAUGGUGGGCCAGGACAUCCCCCUCAACCAGGGCUGUCUGGCCCCUGUUAAAGUCAUCAUUCCCCCUGGCUCGAUCCUGCAGCCGUCUCAGAAUGCUGCGGUAGUGGGCGGUAAUGUGCUGACCUCACAGAGAGUGGUGGAUGUCAUCUUCAAAGCCUUCCAAGUGUGUGCGGCAUCACAGGGUUGCAUGAACAACAUUUCGUUCGGCAGUGAGAAAAGUGGUUAUUAUGAGACGGUUGCCGGGGGUGCGGGGGCGGGGCCAACCUGGAACGGGCGCAGUGGCGUUCACACUCACAUGACAAACACACGCAUCACUGACCCUGAGAUCCUGGAGAGCAGGUAUCCAGUGAUUCUUGAGCAGUUUUCCCUGCUGCCCGGUUCUGGAGGGGCAGGUCUGUACCGCGGCGGUGAUGGUGUGAUCCGGAAACUUCGAUUUCGUAGUCCAGUGGUUCUGUCGGUAUUAACAGAAAGGCGUUCUACACAGCCCUAUGGCCUACAUGGAGGUAAAAAUGGAGCACCUGGGCUGAAUUUGUUACAUAAAACGGAUGGCAGAGUUUUAAAUUUAGGGGCCAAGAAUACCAUCAGCCUGGACCCUGGGGACAUGUUCAGUCUGUUCACCCCUGGAGGAGGUGGUUAUGGAAGUGUGGACAAACAGGAUGGAGGCCAUCAGCUUCCUUCUAAACGCCGUUGCCUGUAGGAGCACAGAGAAACAAAAGGAACUGGACAAUAGAAACUGUUUCUGAAGACAGCUGAAAUAAAGUCCAUUGAAACCUCUUA